AUGAAGGGGCACUUUUCAGUUGAGUGGCUCUCUCAGAGCAGCAGCCAGGUCUCAGGUAGCCACCACCAGCAGCAGCAGCAGCCUGCUCCAGCGGUCUCCACCAACACUACCAGCAUCUCAGCUGCUUCAGUUGGUCCACCACACACACCCAGCACCUCCGGAACCGUCCCAGAGAGCCUGCCCGGUUUCUACAGGCAAUGCAGGCCCAUCCACAGCAGGCCAUCUCUGGAGGUUCAUGUGGAGAACCACUCCGAUUCCGCACGCCGCCAACAGAGCCAAGAGAACAGGAACAUCCAGCAGUGUGUUCAAGGCCAAGAAACCGGGUUCACCACCUCAGAAGAAGAAGAAGAGACAUCGGGCUAUGAGAGUGAAGGAGGCCAGUCUCUCUCCCCCGGUGCCGCCUCCAAGGGCCUCCACACCCCUCCUCCACCUCCUCAUCCUCCCCUUGCCUUGUCCCCUUCCAGUGGCCGGCGGCCCCGCACCGCCUUCACAGCGGACCAGAUCAACAGCCUGGAGAAGGCCUUCAAGAGGAACGCCUACCUGGGCACCCAGGACAAGGCCGAGCUGUGCAAGAGGCUCAGCCUCUCCGACAAGCAGAUCAGGAACUGGUUCCAGAACAGGCGCAUGAAGCUGAAGCGCACGGUUCAGGACGCGUUGGCGCACGCCUGCCAAGCCAAGGUGGCAUCCCACCUCAUGCAGCAGUACCCAGAGCUCCAGAGCUACCGGCCGGCCCCCUACCCCAGCUACUACACCGCCACCUCCCACCAACACCACCACCAACAGGAGCCCUCCGCUACGGCCUACAUCUCCCCCGCAGGCCUCCACUAUAACCCCUCCGCUGCCGUGACUGCUGCUGCUGCUGCUGCGGGACAUCUCCAUGGCCUGCCCACCGUGGACGCCCUCUACCAGUACAACGGACUCACAGGCCUGGCUGUAGCCUCAGCUGGGCCUUCCUCGAGGAUGGUGCCCUUCCAGCCAUACACACAUCAGUAUUAGGUAUAAGCCCCCUGGGUCUGGAUUAAAGGCACUGUCAUAUUGAGGUUAUGUAGAGACAAUAAGAUGAUAGUGAUGAGCAAAUGAAUUCUAUGGUUAACGGGUUAACCUGAACUUGAGCCAUCAUAACAGGAUGACAUAGCCCUUGUCUGGUGCAAUGUAAAUGUGGGUUUGAUAGUUUGUGACUAUACUGCUUUGAGGUGUCUUUCACCCUUACCAACAGAGAGAACUUGCAGCUACCCAGGAUGCAGUUCUCCAGCCUUUUUGCAGUUUACUGUUUUAUUAACAUUGCUUACAUUAUUUAUUCAGCCUACUGCCCACGGGGGACAAAGGAAGCCCAGGGAGGAGAUGGGUGUGAUUAGAUCACACAGCAUUGCAGAGUCUGCUCAACAGAAACCUGAUGCGAUGGGUUUUUUUUCCCCUUCCUUCCAAAUGUGUUCCCUACCACCAAUGUGUUACUCCCCACCACUGAGGCUAGAGUGCAAUACUGCCCCAAUUCCAUGUUGUCAUUCCAUUGUA